AUGUCAGUGGUGGUGUCAGUGAUGGUGUCAGUGGUGGUGUCAGUGAUGGUGUCAGUGAUGGUGUCAGUGAUGGUGUCAGUGAUGGUGUCAGUGAUGGUGUCAGUGAUGGUGUCAGUGAUGGUGUCAGUGGUGGUGUCAGUGAUGGUGUCAGUGAUGGUGUCAGUGAUGGUGUCAGUGAUGGUGGUGGUGUCAGUAAUGGUGUCAGUGAUGGUGUCAGUGGUGGUGUCAGUGAUGGUGUCAGUGAUGGUGUCAGUGAUGGUGUCAGUGAUGGUGUCAGUAAUGGUGUCAGUGAUGGUGUCAGUGGUGGUGUCAGUGGUAGUGUCAGUGAUGGUGUCAGUGAUGGUGUCAGUGGUGGUGUCAGUGGUGGUGUCAGUGAUGGUGGUGGUGUCAGUGAUGGUGUCAGUGAUGGUGUCAGUGAUGGUGGUGGUGUCAGUGAUGGUGUCAGUGAUGGUGUCAGUGAUGGUGUCAGUGAUGGUGUCAGUGAUGGUGUCAGUGGUGGUGUCAGUGAUGGUGUCAGUGAUGGUGUCAGUGAUGGUGUCAGUGAUGGUGUCAGUGAUGGUGUCAGUGAUGGUGUCAGUGAUGGUGUCAGUGGUGGUGUCAGUGAUGGUGUCAGUGAUGGUGGUGGUGUCAGUGAUGGUGUCAGUGAUGGUGUCAGUGGUGGUGUCAGUGAUGGUGUCAGUGAUGGUAUCAGUGAUGGUGUCAGUGAUGGUGUCAGUGAUGGUGUCAGUGAUGGUGUCAGUGAUGGUGUCAGUGAUGGUGUCAGUGAUGGUGUCAGUGAUGGUGUCAGUGAUGGUGUCAGUGAUGGUGUCAGUGGUGGUGUCAGUGAUGGUGUCAGUGAUGGUGUCAGUGAUGGUGUUAGUGGUGGUGUCAGUGAUGGUGUCAGUGAUGGUAUCAGUGAUGGUGUCAGUGAUGGUGUCAGUGAUGGUGUCAGUGAUGGUGUCAGUAAUGGUGGUGGUGUCAGUGAUGGUGGUGGUGUGA